AUGUCUGCGGAAGGGUCCGAGGCGGCGGCAGCCGCGCAGGCCGCACCAGAAUCCUCCUCCACUCCCGCUCCCGCUGCUGACGUGGAUCAGCUUGCAGGGUCGUUCAAUGGGAUGACAUUGGACGAGCGGUACGCGCUGGUGCGGAGCGUGGGGGAGGAGUGCAUUCAGGAGGACGAGCUGCGCAACCUGCUGCUCAAGAAAAAGGACCCCGUCGCCUACGACGGCUUUGAACCCUCCGGUCGCAUGCACAUCGCUCAAGGAGUGAUGAAGGCGCUGAACGUGAACAAGCUGACCCAAUCAGGGUGCAUUUUCAAGUUCUGGGUGGCGGACUGGUUCGCGCAGCUGAACAACAAGAUGGGCGGCGAUCUCAAGAAGAUCCAGACCGUUGGUCGCUACAUGAUGGAGGUGUGGCGCGCAGUGGGCAUGGACCUCACGCGCGUGGAGUUCCUGUGGUCGUCUGAGGAGAUCAACGGGCGCGCAGGGGAGUACUGGCCUUUGGUUAUGGAUAUCGCCAGAAAGAACAAGUUGCCAAGGAUCCUCAGGUGUUCACAGAUCAUGGGGCGCAGUGAGACGGACGAGCUGUCGGCCGCACAGAUCUUCUAUCCCUGCAUGCAGUGUGCCGACAUCUUCUUCCUCAAGGCGGACAUCUGUCAGCUGGGCAUGGACCAGCGCAAGGUGAAUGUGCUGGCCAGGGAGUAUUGCGAUGACAUCAAGCGGAAGAUGAAGCCCAUCAUCCUCUCCCACCACAUGCUGCCGGGGUUGUUGCAAGGGCAGGAGAAGAUGUCAAAGAGUGACCCGAACUCCGCAAUCUUCAUGGAGGACGAGGAGGCUGAAGUGAAUGUGAAGAUCAAGAAGGCAUUCUGUCCACCAGGGGAGGUGGAGGGCAACCCGUGCAUUGCCUACGUGCAGUACAUUGUGCUGCCCUGGUUCAAGCAGUUUGAGGUGGAGCGCAAGGAGGAGCACGGAGGCAACGUCAUCUACACUGAUGCUGAUCAGCUGUGUGCAGACUACAAGGAGGGUAAACUCCACCCAGGUGACCUCAAGCUGGCUCUUUCCAAAGCACUCAACAGGAUUCUCCAGCCUGUACGAGACCACUUCAAGACGAACCCUGAUGCAAAGAAACUGCUCGCGCAAGUGAAGAGCUACAAGGUUACAAGGUAG